UUACGCUGUGAGAUAUGACAAUUUUUGGAGAGUGGGAAAAAGAACCAAAGACGAUUUACUCGUUGGAAGAAUUUUUAUGUGUUUACAUAUACGACUCGCUGUAUUAUUAAUAAAAAAAAAUCUGCUGAUAUUCUGCAUUCAAAUGUUGUAUUAUACGUAUUAUCAGUAUAUUUAAAUGUGAAUACAUACUCAUAAUCAAGGUCUUUCAAACUCCAUGAAAUGUAAUGAAUUUAAAUGAACGCGGAAUUGCAGCAUCUUUUAUUUUUUUCUGUAAUAAAAAUAUAACCAUUUCGAAGAGUUUUUGACAGAAUCUACAUAAUAUUUGAAAAUUAUGUCCGAAAAUCGUGAGAUUACUUUAGCUGAUUUUCAGGCUUGCAGUGGAAUUGAUGAUGUCGGUGAAGCAAUUAUGCAUCUUGAAAGAAAUAACUGGGAUUUAUUGACGGCUCUUAAUGCAGUUAUGAAUCACGAUACCCAGCAGUUACCAUCUGAAAUUAAUCCUGAUGUUGAAAUGGUUGAAGUUGUACAAGGAGUCCCUGUAAUAACAUUUUCUUCAUCUGAUGUGACUCAAACCCCUAAAAGUGAAAGUAUUUUAAAAGACAAUUCUGAAAAUAUAAAACCUGGAACAAGUAAUACAGAAACUUCAACAAUUCCAAAAAUACUUACUUUUCAAGUUCAUUAUUUGAAUACAGUUUAUAAAAUUAAUAUUUCAGAGUUGUGUACUUUGAGAGAUUUAAAAUAUGCAAUAUUUGAAAAAACUAAAGUCGGUCCGUGUCAACAAGAAAUUCAUGGUUGGAAAAAAGAACCACUUGGAAAUUCUUCUGUGUUAAAGUCGCUUGAGUUGGUACAAGAGAAUACAUUGUUUAUUACCUCUAAAGUUAAUAGUGGAGAUUCUUGUUUAGAACCAUCAUAUUUAUCAGAUCGAUUAUCUCAAACAUACGUUUUAAAUGUACGCGAUGACGUAAAUGGAAAAACAUACAAUUUGAAAUAUCCAGGAACACACACAAUUCUUGAUGUAAAGACUGGAGUUUAUACUUUGACGGAUGUUCCUGUGAGAAAUCAACAGUGGCAAGGGUGGCCGAAUUUAGUGAAAGGUGAUGAAACAACACUUGCACAGAGUGGCAUUUCAUUUCCAGAACAUAAUCUAUCUGUAUCACAAAUCCCUGUGAAAGAAAAAAAAGAAAAGGACAUUCUCAUCGUUGACAGUGAUAGCUCAGUUGAUGAAGCGGAAGAUACAGAAGAGUUUGAAGAUGUUCCAGAAUCAUUUAUAAUUGAAGAUGAUAUUUUUAUUGAUAAUGUCCUGCCUACGAAAUUUCAGCGUUUAAUUCCGGAAAAUAUUGAGGAUGAAACAAUGGGGACGUUACAUUUUUCGGAGCAGUUUGAGAAACGAUAUGGUUUGAUACAUCCUGAAUUUUUCACUGGAACAUUCGAUGAAGCUAUACGAGAAUCUUGUUUAAAACCUGCAAAAGAGAGAAAAUUAUUAGCUGUAUAUUUGCAUCACGAUAACAGUGUAUUGACAAAUGUAUUUUGUACACAAUUAUUAGGUUGUGAAACAAUUUUACAACUUUUGUCUGCUAAUUUUGUUGUGUGGGGAUGGGACUUCACUUACGAAAGUAAUAAACAAAAAUUCUUAUCUUCUGUAGUUCAAUCAUUAGGAUUAGUGGGUUCUGAAGCUGUAAGGAAUAUUAAUAUUGAUACUUUACCUGUUUUGAUAAUUCUUAUGCGAUCGAGAUCCACAACAGAAAUUUUUACCAUAGUGCACGGCAAUGUAGGGGUCAAUGAAUUGCUAACUAAUUUAAUUCAUGCAGUAGAUGUAUUUCAAGAACAAAAACGAGUAGACGUAGAAGCGGAAGAAGAAAGACAAGCCAGAGAAAGGGUGAAACAAGAACAAGACCAAGCAUAUCAAGAAAGCUUAGCCGCAGACAGAGCAAAAGAAGAAGCAAAACAAAUCCAACAGCAGUUAGAACAACGAAUAAAAGAACAAGCAGAACAUAAAAGGUUAGCACAUGAAGCUAAAAAAGAGGCUCACAGGCAAGCUGUGCGGUUAAGUUUGCCUCCGGAACCGGAUGCAGAAACUGGCAACAAUAUAUUGAAAGUAAAAUUUCGAUUACCAGGUGGUAAAUUUUUAGAACGUAAAUUCAAACCAGAUACUCCUUUGCAAAUACUUCUAAACUUUCUUAUCGUAGAAGGUUAUCCUACUGAUGAAUAUAAAGUGCUAUCUAGCUGGCCUCGACGUGAUUUGACAUCUCUGGAUACCUCACGAACUCUCUCAGAUCUGAAAUUUUGUUUACAAGAAACAGUGAUUCUAGAAGAAAAAUGAAUUAUAACUAAUUGUAUUUUAUUUGAUUUCAAAAAUUUAAUUAUAAAUGUUUAAAAAUA